AUGGCGUCCGCACAGCCGAUUGAGGAGAUGCGCAAGGGCGGCGUUGCCGACCACCACGAAGAUGACGCGGCUGAGGAUCCCCAUGCAAAGUAUGAGCAUCCUAUGGCGACGAAGUGGUUCAAGGCUGCGCCUUGCUUGCGCUACAUUCCACUGUUCAGCGAGGUCACUGCCGCCUUUGGACCCAAGUUCUCCCUAUCUCUCGGCCUGUGCUACACGCUGUCGAAAGGUGCAGCCAGCCGAAUCAUCAACGUCUCUCGCCAGCCGAUGUUUAUCGUCCGCUACGGACUGAACGUUGCACGGUAUCAGCGUCUUGCCUCCAUGUACAGCCUCGGCUGGUCGCUGAAGCCAUUCAUCGCCUCGAUUACGGACGUGAUCGCGCUGUUUGGCUACACGAAGCGGUGGUACAUGGUGCUUUCAGCAGUGCUGGGCACGGCGACCGCUCUGGCGUACGCACUGCUGCCCGCGAAGGAGUCGUCGGCUAACGCUGCUGCGGCGUUUGUGUUUCUCACCUGCUUUGGCAAAUCCAACAUCGACAUUCUGUCCCAAGGCCACUUCAGUCGGUCGAUACGUGAAAACCCCGAGGUGGGCCCAUCGGUGGUGAGCUGGGUGUGGGCCAUGACGUUUGUCGGCACCAUCCUCGCGUCCUGCAUGAUGGGACCCUUGUCGGAUGCCAAGCUGACGUACGUCGGCAUCAUCUUGUCGGCUGCGCUGCAGCUCGCGACAGUCUUCUUCUUCAUUUUCAACAUGUACGGCGAAAAGAAGAACCGCACGAACCGCCGCAAGGACGCCCUCAUGCAGUUUCGGGAGCAGAGGCGCUUGGAGCAGCAGCAGGUUGUCGAUGGCCGCGUGGUAGAGCCCGUGGCGGACUCUGGUGACUUGAAGAUGCUCUCAGUGGUCGAAGUCCCCGGCUGUCCGGGAGAGGAUGACGACGCAGAUUUCGUGGAGCCAGAUAUUGAUUCGUGUCUUGGCGGCGCAGUGGAGGUGAACAUCGACGUUGCAGUACGGAACUGGCGGCUCAUCGUGUACGCGCUGAUCAUGACGUGCGGCAUUAUCACCCAGGCCUGUGUUAUGGUGCUCGGCACCCGGCGUCAGCUCCUGUACGCUUGCAUUGGUGUCGCCAUUGUGUUCAUGGGUGGUGCCUUUCUCUCGCUGCCGUUGAUCGUCGCCAAGGCAGCCGUUUUUAUCUACCUCAACUCUCUCCUGUACUUGCAGAUCCCUGGCGCGCUCUCCAACUUCUACCUCGCGAAGCCCACGUGCCUGCCGGACGGCCCGCACUUUUCGUACACGUUUUACCAGACUGUCGGUGCCCUCAUCACAGAUGUCGGUGGUGUGACCGGUGCCGUUCUCUUCACCCGCUUCUUCUCGAAGCACAGGUACGCCUUUGUCUUCAUCGCGACGUCAUUGUUGCAGGUACUGGGCUCGAUCUUUGAUCUGAUCAUCGUCAAGCGGUGGAACACGCACAUUGGCAUCCCUGAUCACGCCAUGUAUAUUCUCGGUGACGCGAUCGUGUACGAGAUCUGCUUUGUGAUGUCGUUGAUGCCAGGGCAGGUCCUCAUGUCCCGCCUGUGCCCGCGCGGCACAGAAACGAUUGCAUUCGCGAUCUUGGCUGGCUUCAACAGCGCCGGCAACUCAAUGUCCCUCGCCGUGGGUUCUCUUCUAAUGGAAAACUUCUGGCCUGUCUCUGCAAAGCCGCCGUGCGACUUCACGAACGUGCCAUACUUAAUCAUAACGGGCCACUUGUGCACGCCGCUGCUGAUCAUCCCACUCGCGUUCCUGCUGCUGCCGAAGGCACGCAUCUGCGACCGCAUUGACAUUGACGGCAAUGUCAUCGCACAGAACGCCAAGGCCGCUGAGGAGCCGCCCUGCACUGUUGUCAAACCACACGCAGCCGCGGAUGGCGAAGGACAAGGGCCAGAGACCAAGCAGGGGGACUCACGGGAACCAAAGGCGGCCUGA